AUAUGUUUUAAGUUUUAAGAAGUGUGUUUGAAAGUAGAAAUGCUUUUGAAAAUUAUUGGUGUCACCUUUGUAAAAUGGAAAUAAUUUAAAGAACUUACCUUUAAGAAGAAAAUUAAUAGGAGUAUUGCAUCUUAUGCGAAAGUCCAUUAGAAUAGUUGACAUAAGAUAUUAAUGAAACAGAAUUACGUUCUUUUGAGAUUUAUGUAUCCCCAGAAGCAUAGUAAUAAAGAACAUUAUCAAAUUGGACAUAGAGCUUAAGUGAUAUUUCUGAAUUUCUAAAUUUUCUAGCACUUUUAACAGAGAAUUUAAUUUUCUUAGAAGAACAAUAGUAAGGAGCAACAGAAUAAUAAAUAAAUAGUUUAAGAGAACAUGUUGUUAACAUAGAAGAUUAAUAAUAAACAUGUUAUAUUUGUUAAGAAGAUUUUUAAAAUGAUGAAUUGGAAUUAGAAAUGAGUUGCUCUCAUAAUUUUCACAAAGAUUGCUUAACAUAAUGGUUAAAGAUAAAUAAUUCUUGUCCAGUAUGUAGAGCAAAAAUAAAUUGA